AUGAAGUUCACCCCCACCGCCGCCCUCCUCUCGCUCCUCACGCUCCUCCCCCUCCUGACCCACGCCCUCAGCGACCUCGACGACAACGACAUCCCGCAGCAAUGCCGCUCGGUAUGCUCGUCCAUCGUGACGCUGACGACGCAAUGCGACGCGCAGCACGACAACGACAGCAGCGACAACGACGACAACGACCGCGCCCAGCUGGACUGCGUGUGCAAGGCUGAGAAUGCCGCGGCUGAUAUCCCGAGCUGCGAGGCUUGUGUUAGUCGGUUUGAUGAUGAUGGGAGCGAUAAUGGUGGGGUUUUUGCUUUUGUUUUGUGCUUUGGCUUGCCUUUCGUCCUUGAUUCUCCUUCUCUUCCUUCUUCGUCUUCUUCUUCUUCUUCUUGGACUGCGCCACGCUAACACCCAAAAUAACAGACGUCAACGACAUCCUCCGC